AAUUGACGAUAUCUCCAUCCAACCAACCAAAUCUCGCACACUCCCGCACGCCACGCCGACGACAAUUACACAUCUCCCAAUCUCGUCUCAGAUUUUCCGCCUACAAUCAACUCUUAGCUUCUCUAUCUCGCUGUCCCAAAGACCGACAACAUGCAUUUGAUGUACACCCCCGACGAGAGCGGAAAGCGCAUCUACACGCUCAAGAAAGUCCUCAACGGCACCGUCACCAAGUCCGCCCAUCCCGCGCGCUUCUCGCCCGACGACAAGUGGUCGCGCCAGCGCGUGACGCUGAAGAAGCGCUUCGGCCUCCUGUUGACGCAGCAGAAGAACAAAGUCGCCGAGAACCAAUAAUCGACCACGCCAUUUGAAUCAAAAAAAAGAAAAAGAAAAAGUAACCAAUGGUAGUCGGAAACACGAAUGAAUGCGAAACCGAGCCGAACUUGAAAGACCGGAAGAUACAUGUCCUGUAUGCCAGCGCGGCAUGCAUGCAUGCAUUUCUCAAUAUCAUCGGGGACAGACUAUAUACCUACGUAAAGAGGAAGGCGUUUACGGCGUGCGGGGUGUAUGAUAAAUAUUUAUCUACGCAUUGUUUUGGGAAUAUCACUGUGUCUUGCUGGGAGCAGAAAGGGCCUGCGCCUUUGAUUAGACCUAAAGAGAAUACUAGGCGAGGAGAAGCUAGCUAGAUUCACUGAAUGACUGUGCCAUGGUAGCCGGUCGUAUCAUACCUAGCAUGCACAGAUAAAAAAUUCAAAAGAAACAUCAAAUCA